CGACACCUGGUGCGACAGUGAAACCCGGUCGGCAGGCCCUCCUUCCCGACCGCCAAAGCCAAAAUCAACGUCUCACAGACUAGAGACCUUGGCAAAUGGCGUAGAGGAAUUAAUCUAUUCUUAGCGCACGGACACACAGAGCGCAAGCCUCACUAUUGGUGGAAGUUGGACACGAACGCCUAUCGACCACGAGGCUGAGAGUCCAGCCCAGCCAGCCAGCCGGUUUUAAAUCUCUGUUCCUCCAUAAAGGCCGCUCCAUUUCCUGCUCUCCCCACUUUCCAGAGCCGCUGGUUCUGGAGCUAAGAAUGGCCGGUUCGGCUUGAUUCUCAUAUAUUCGGGCGGCUUCCAGCUUCGGCCUUCGCUUGUUUUGCUUCCUUCGAGAAUGGGUGUCCCGGUCGCUGGUGCGCAUCUCUACACUCGCUGAACACAAUGUCGUCCGGUCAACCAGAGCAGUUUUCUCUCCCUCCAAUUUCUCGCUCAUCUCAUUCCCGUUCCGACCGCCCGGGAACGUCCUGGAACCCAUUUGAUCCGAUUUCGCCGUCUGACCGCUCCUACAUUCGUUACGAACGAGCACACACGCCGCAGGAGGAAGAAGAUGUCACGGCGUACGCAGGACUCGGGAUCAACGAUUCUACACAGCGACUAGUUUCCAAUCGAGAUAGUCGAGGACCCGACCAGGCAACUCCGACCAGCGAUCUCUUCUCCCCGGGUUUCUCGGAGCAGCAAACCCUACGGUCGCAUUACUCCAGAGCAUCAUUCGUCGAUAGCGAAUUCAACACAACGAAGUGUUCGUGCAAAAAGCGAGUGGUCCAGCGUCGGUGUUCAUGGGUUCCCAUCACCGUACUGGUGCUGGCCAUCUACUCGACUAUUGUUUCGGGAAUAUACUUUGUUGUGUCCUGGCUGAGGCCUCGAUAUGGCAACUCUAUUGGUACGGAUGGGGGUCUUCGGCCUUCCACGGCCAGUUUACUCAGUGCCAUGUUUGCCAAGACGAUUGAGUUGGCCUAUGUCAGCGUCUUUGUUGCGUUCCUGGGACAGUUCCUCAGCCGAAGAGCUAUUAAAAAGGGAUCCAGCGGCAUCAGCAUCUCGGAUUUAAGUAUGCGGACGUGGAUCAUGCAGCCGGCGUCGAUGAUCAUUCAUUCCCAGGCCCUCCGUUACUCAGCGUGGACUGUGCUUGGAAUGCUUACUUUAACGGCCACCAUUGUCGCGAUGCUCUACACCACUGCUGCCGAGGCUCUCGUGUCACCAAAGCUUCUCCAAGGACCACACGAGGAUAGGACCCUGACGGGGAACAUCACAGCCAAAUUUGCCUGGCCCGACGAUUUGCGCAACCACUGCGAGACGGUGAUUACACAUGAUAUCGACCCAUCGGAAACAGAGCUGGAUCGAGGAAAUACGUGUCUAGAGCUACAACAUGUCAGCCAGGCAUACCACAAUUAUCACGCGUAUCUUUCGAAAUGGAGCACCAUAGAUUCUCAGAAUAACUCCACAGCACUAGUCCAGGACAAGCGACCACCCCCGGUAGGGACGAUGUUCGAUAACACCACAGUGACUGGGGCUUGGAUCGACCAGACCGACAUCACCGAGUUGUCGAAACGCUACGGUCGCAUGGUCAUCAACGUGACGGCAGCCAUGCCUCAUGGCGGCGUAGUCAACGCCAUAAAUAACCCCCAAAACGGCUUCCACCGGCCUAGGAUCUCCUCCGAGGGUAAUUUCGACGUCAAAGCCCGAUUGCCAUCUCCUGCAGUAAACGUGCUUUGCGCAGGCAUGUCGGCAAAAGAGCUAAGCCCUCUGAUCUACGAAGAAUGGCCACACGCGCGCUUCAACCCUGACAACUGGACCUUAGAUCAGCACAGCGAUGUUCCCGUCUACCCAUCGUGGCUUAAUCGCACCGUGGUCGAUGAUCUAUUCCGGUGGGGGAAGGAAUACAACGCGCGCCCACCUAUUUUCGGUAAAUUCCCCGAGGCAUACAACACCAUCGUCAACGGAUCCGUUUACUUCGGCGACUCUCUCUAUCUCCUCGGCCACGCCCCGACCAACCGAACACCGGAGUAUGUGCUUUGCUCCAUGAAAGCCAAACUCAGCCCUCGCUGCUCGACACGCUACUCCGCCUCAAUCCGCGGCGCCGCAUUCAGCACGAAGUGCGACAGCCUCAACGACAAAUGGCGCUACGACGAGGAAUAUCCUGACGCGCCCGAUGGCGCCUGGGAUGCAGAUUGGAAAAAUAUUGCCCAUUCCUGGGCCCUCGCCUUGAGUCUCAACACUGGCAUCACCAACGGCCGUGCCAGCAACUCCCGGGUCCUCAUGCAAUUGACCCCCAAGAACGACACACUCAGCCCAAAGGUCCCCUCCGUCGCAGAAGCACUGGCCGUGAUGGCGGGGAACACCCUCAUCCUCAGCUCCUCCAAUGCUCCUUUCGUCCAUUUCUGGAACUACACCGACAUCAGCAAGGAGCCGAAAAACGCAACCGUCCCCAGUCCGGAGCCGCAGUAUUUCCGCGCCACCGUAAGCGUCGUGGGGUAUCAGUCAAGCGGGACAGAGAAAUGGCACUACGUCUUCUUCGUGAUCCUGGGGCUGGCGUUUAUCACCAGCGCCUUCUGUCUCGUCUACAUGGUUCUCAUUAAAGGGCGGCAAUUGACAGAUUUCACGGACCCGCAGAAUCUAUUCACGCUUGCGAUGAACAGUCCCGCCACGUCAAAGCUUGACGGAGCCUGUGGUGCCGGGCCUUACGGCGAGCAUCUCAAGGAGAAAUGGUUCGUGGGCAUGGAGCCGGAAGACGAGCACUAUUAUAUUCGGACCAAGGCGGAGGAGAGAACGCCGCUCAUUCCGACGGCAAGGUACUCGAUGAGAUCGAUGGAGGCGGAGGACGUUAUGAAGCCGCCCACGCCAGCAGUGGAGGAGUAUGAGCGGGUUUCUUCGAGACGGGGAUGGCUAUCGCGGUGGUACUGAUGUCAGGGAUUCAUGGUAGAUGAGCGAUACUGGGUUGAC